AUGGCUGAAAAGGAACCGGUCGCUAAGCCACCUGCCGUCGAUCCCAAACCUGUCAAUAAGCCACCUGCCGUCGAUCCCAAACCUGCUGGAAAGGAACCUGUCAAAAAGCGACCUGUUGAAACUCGGACCGAGCUAUCUGAUGAUGAUGACGAUGAAGCUUAUCGUCUUCCUCCACCAUUAAAGAGGCAGGGCUUAGACGACACUCGCCAUUACAGUGACCACUCGGGUGACACUUCAGAUGAAAGUAUCACUCAAACUGCGACUCCGGCGACUCCAAAACCUCCUGAAUUGCUCAAGAAUCAAGCGGCUGAAGCCCUCGAUCGCGAUAGGGUACGAUCAAAGGCUAUCGCUGAUCACGAUGCUGCCAAGGAGUCGAUGUUGAUCACUGCUGCUCGAUUGGAUCGAGAAUCUCAAUCCUAUCGAUUCACCACCAUCCCUUCUCAAGCGGAAGCGAUGGAGAUCUUCAACAAGGGCUGGAAGGACCACUUUUACGAUAAUCCCAAAGCUGCCACUGAAGCUAUCCUUCUUUUCGAGCACGAGGACAAAUGUCGAACAUUCAUCAAUUCCGAUGUCGAGUUGAGAUGGAGCUGGCUCGCCCUGAGCCUUGGGUAUGAUGUUGUCAAUGAAAAAGAAAAGGGAAAGGGAAAAGAGAAGAGAAAAGAAAAGGGAAAUGAAGACGAACAAGAGGAUGAAAAUGAUCAAGAGAAUGAAAAUGAAAAUGAUCAAGAGAAUGAAAAUGAUCAAGAGAAUGAAGGAAAUGAAUGA